GAUGUCGGCCUACAAUCAAACGCAUGGACGUGAAUGCAAAUUAGUGUCGGACUGGUCUCAUUGCAGCUUCUUCAUCACUUUAAGGUAAUCGUCCGUCAGAGAACAGCAGUCAGCUGUCCCCCGAGUGACACGCCCAUCCAGCCAACCUCUUCACAGGACUGCUUUUAGUGAGCCGCUCACAAGCUCCGCGGCACACAGUAGGAAAAGCAGAAGUGAGCGCGGAAGAACAACAAGUUUGCCACGGACCAUGUUGUUCACGAUACUCUUGCUGUUGAUAACAAUUCUAGCGCUUUUGUUGCGCUACAGCGGUCGCUCAAGUAGGGACAAUGAACCUCCGCUUGAUAAGGGCCUUAUCCCCUGGCUUGGACAUGCCCUGGAGUUUGGAAAAGAUGCUGCAAAGUUUCUCGCACGGAUGAAAAACAAACACGGCGAUAUUUUCACAGUAUGCGUGGCUGGUCAGUACAUCACCGUGUUGCUGGACCCAAACAGCUACGAUGAUGUGCUGUAUGACAGCGACUCUUUCGACUCCAGACGCAGCAAAGGGCUCCUGAUGGAAAAAGUCUUUUCUCUGGUGCUCCCCAGCGAUAACCCAGAGAAAGAGAGGAAAUGGAUGGAAGGCCAUUUUCAAGGUGUGGGUCUGGAUAAACUGCAGUCGUCCAUGGACAGCCAUCUGCGUGACCUUCUUCUGGCGGACCAGAGAGGCUGCGGUACAGCCCAGUGGAGAGAGGAGGGGCUGUUUGACCUCUGCUACGGACUACUCUUCAGGGCUGGCUAUCUGACCAUGUUCACCAGGGACGAAAACGCUGACGCCGUCUACAAACAAUUCCGCAACUUUGACAAACUUCUCCCCAAGCUGGCACGCUCCUCCCUCAAGGGAGAGGAUAAGAAGUCCGUCACCUCUUCCCAGGAGUCUCUAUGGCAACUGUUGGCUCCUGCAUUGCUGGAAGGAGGACGUGACGCAGGCUGCUGGCAGGAGAGCUACCAGCGGUAUCUGGGCGAGGCAGGGGUUGACGCCGAGACCCAGAGGAAGGCAUUGCUGAUGCACCUAUGGACCACCCAGUGUAAUGCAGGUCCCGCGGCCUUCUGGUCGCUGGCUCUCCUGCUCCGUCACCCCGAGGCCAUGCGAGCGGUGCUGGCGGAGGUGAGGGGAGUGAUGCAUGAGCACUCCCUACAUCACCCCACUCAUGAGCGGCUAGUCACUCACAACACACCUGUGUUUGAUAGCGUUCUGAGGGAAACUCUGCGGCUGACUGCGGCAGCGUUCAUCUCCAGGGAGGUCAUGGCGGACGGCAAGAAGCUGGGAGUGAGCGGAGGCCUGGAGUACUGCCUGAGAAAAGGGGACAAAGUGCUCCUCUUUCCAUUCCUAUGUCCCCAGAUGGACCCGGAGAUACACCAGCAGCCAGAGAGUUUUAGGUACAAACGGUUCCUGAACGACGACAUGAGUGAGAAGCGGAUCUUCUACAAGGGCGGGAGCCGUUUAACGCACUACAACAUGCCGUGGGGAGCGGAGCGCAAAGGCUGCGUGGGGAAGCAGUUUGCUAUUAGCACCGUUAAAAUGUUUGUGUUCACGGUGCUCAGACAUCUCGAGCUGGAGAUGUGUGAGCCCAGCGACCCUCUGCCUCAGUUCAACCCUCAGCGCUACGGCUUUGGAAUGCUCCAGCCCAUCGGAGACCUGCAGGUCCGCUACAGAUUCAAGAGGAAUUGACAUGGUUCCAGAUGUCACAAUCCCUCUCUCUCUCACUCUCUCACUCUAUAUCUCUCUCAGUCGCUCUCUCUCUCUCUCUCUCUCUCUCUCUCUCUCUCUCUCUCUCUCUCUCUCUCUCUCUCUCUCUCUCUCUCUCUCUCUCUCUCUCUCUCUCUCUCUCUCUCUCUCUCUCUCUAUCUCUCUCUCUAGAUUACAUUAGUUUAGAUUAGAUUUAUUUAUUGACCUUGUUCAACAGAGUUAACAACGAAAUUAUGUUUAGAGCAUCACCACCACCACUGGCAUACAAGUACAUGAUAGCCUACAUAACCCACUGAGGGGUCCCGGUGUUCAUGGGCAGGGUGGGGAAGGCGUGCUUGCCAAUCCUGACAUGUGUGCGGUGUGUUAGAAAGUCCAAAAUGCAGUUGCCUAACGUGGUGUUCAGGCCAAGUUUGUGUAGUUUGCUGUGUAGCUCUCUCUCUCUCUCUCUCUCUCUCUCUCUCUCUCUCUCUCUCUCUCUCUCUCUCUCUCUCAUCCCUCUUUUAUUUUUUUAAGAUUUUUUAUUAUUUCGUUAAGGCCAAUAGCUACGAUGCAAUUUUAAUUUGUAAUUUUGUAAUUUUGUAAUUUGUUAUUUUGUAAUUUUUUCAACUUUGUAUGAUACUUAUUUAUUUUAUUUGAAAGGCGGACUGUGUUGUUUGUUGCUUUUAUAAUGGCUGUCUCUUUAAUAAAAAGAAAGAUUGGAUUUACA